ACCCCCCAGCGCGGUGCCUCUGCCUCCCAGCCCUCCGGCCCAUUUCCACUGGACAUGGUUACUGAAUCUGUUGAUGACAUGUACUUUGGCUGCACCAAGGAGAUGGAGAAGAAGGUCAAGGAAGAAUAUUUCAACAAAGAGAAUGUGGGAAAAGUUGCAGAAGCCUUGAAAGAUAAAAAAGUAAAACAAUGUGUAGAUGAUGGUAAAAAGCAGGGAAAUAAUGUUCUCUCUGAAGACCACAUCCAGGCAAUCUGUGUUUAUACAUCCACCUACAUUUAUGAUCAAUUCAAUACAGCAGUCCGGACCAGUAAGAACAUCUAUAGCAGCUCCUUCCAACUCCAUUCUUUACAUUUCUGGCUGACUACUGCCAUACAAACCCUGAAUAAGAAUUAUGAGUGUCAGACUACUUAUCGAAGAACCACAGCUGUGUUCACUGGCAAAGUUAACAACAUAAUUCGGUUUGGUACGUUUGCCUCCAGCUCUUUCAGAACAGACCUUACAGACUUUGGUAGCGAGACCUGCUUUCAAAUUAAGACCUGUUCAGGAGCUUACGUGAAGCCUUAUUCAGUGUUUCCAAAGCAGGAAGAGGUUCUUAUCCCCCCCUAUGAAACAUUCAAGAUAACCAAAACUGUUGAAGGUCGGGGUCAAUUUAAAGAUCUGAGUGAUUGUAACAGGGUCUUUAUUUUGGAGAGUGCAGGAGGUAAGAGUGAGCUAAACUGCAAGGCUGCAGGCUUAAAAGAGAGCAAACCUUACUCCUACCCCUUGACGAAGAAAAUGCCAUAA